CUAUUGAUGGAAAAAAGAAAAAUCAUGUUUGGAAAAUGAUUGAUGGUGCAGAGAAUGUAGAGAGAAGAUGGAGGUGGCAUCUAUCGACUCCCACCUCGUAAGAUGCUGCUAUUGGCUUAGUCAGCUUUCCAUAAGAAUCAGCUCAUCCCUUCUCGAACCACUUGGCAGGAAAACAACGCACCAUCCGACUUGACGAAUUGUGCCCAUUUUGUUGCGAGAAAAAGGACAGUAGCAGCCAUGAGAUUUUUGCUGCAACCAAGGCAUUGUUUUUCCAGGGCCUGAAGCCAGUUGUUCUCCGGUUCUUUUCCACCCUCCUCCUCCUCCCUUAAACGGCACCUGAUGCCUUCCCGCCUCACAUCAGGUAGAACUGCACACCAUUCCGCCACCAUGUCUUCCAAAUCCCAGCUUUCACUCCUUCUGGUGUAACGUUUUGCUUGUCCUUCACAUUUCACAGUUGAAGAGUUCAUUUCUUCUGUUUAAUUCACUGGGGAAGGACUAGGAAUUUCUUGAAUCGCCUUUAUGGAUUGCUUCAAAUCGAGAUGAAGUGCUGGUGAAGUGAAGCCAUGGAAGUCCGAGGAGUUGCUUCUACCGGUAACCAUCUCGGUUCUGUUCUUAACAAGCCAUCGAGUCAUGGUUUUUACACAAGGAUGGCUCUCUUUUUUGGCUCCUGCUGGUUCUUCGUCACCGAUUCUUUGAUUUGGUUGUUCAGUUUCGUUGCCAUGCAUCUCUUCAGAAUUAGGAAAGACAAUAACGCUCAGGGAGUUGACCUCAAAGUUUCCUCGAUGCAUGAUUCGACGAGAGUGGAGCCAUUUCCCCAAGUCGGUGACUCAUAUAUUAGAGAGGAGAAAGAAUCUCCAAGUUUGAGUUUUAAGUUCCAGUAUCAGUUCUCCGAUCAUCAUAAACUCGGUGAGGAACAACUGCUGCGACCGGUUGCGAAUGAGGCAUCUCUGAAGACUAGCAUUCGCAAAUAUCACUUCUUGUCUGAGAAAGAUUAUGCCGGUCUCAUGGAAGAACCAGAAGCCAAAACUUGCUGUGUCCGAGCGUCUUAUGUUCAACUCGGCCUUUUCUCUUUGUAUGAUGACGAGAAUAUUAGUGGCGAGCACACUAUUGAUAAGCUGGAUGGGAUCAGAGAAGAGAAAUUUUCUAAUGUUGCGCAGUUGGAGGAGGAGAACACCAAAAGUAGUUCUGAAACUAAUUUACCAAGUGAAUUUGAAAGAACCGAUCAAGCAAAGUUUGUGUCGGAGGAGUUUUCUGGCUUUGAUUCCGACACCGAAUCCCUAAGUGCAAGUGAUGGUUAUUCCGUGAAGGACCUCAUCGUUGAUUCAGAUAGUGAUGACUUGUUGUCCGAGUAUGAUCAUGGAGCAGAAACCACACGAGCUUCCAUUGAUGGCGCUGUAUACAAAAUAAAGCACUCGGAAGGUAUCAGAAGACUGGAAGAAGCACAACCACAACUCACUCGUGAUUAUGAUUCAGAAUCUGUUUCUGUAAUCGGUAAAUAUUCUUUCACUGGUAAUCAGAGAAGACAUGCAAACAUCAGCCUAGAUGAAAAUUCUCUAGAAAAUGAAUCAGGCAGCCCCCAACCUGAGCAAAAUGGGUUGACGAAUCGUGGGGAAGCUGGAUCAAAUCAAGUUCGGAGGCUUGACGAAUCAAAACUGCCGACUUCAAAUGCCUUGCAAAUGGAACUUAUGGAAUAUAACGAGGAUGAGCUUCGCGGAACUAAAAAGCAGAGAAAUCUCAUAAAAGGUUCUGACGACAUCAGCAGACAUGAGAAUGAGGGUGAAAAUAAUGCAGAUAGCAAAGAUGGCGUUGAAGCUAUCACAAACGAAAAGUUGGAGCUUUCAAAAGGAUACGAUGUUUCCCUUGACGGGUUUCUCGGACAAGAGGAUGAUGGUAAGCUCAUAGCAGAAUUGGAUGAACUGACACAGGAAGAAGAGUUUGAAAGGAAAGAUAAUGUACGAAAGAAAAGCAAGGAGGACAAAAAGACAGAGAUGAAAGAUUUGGACGAUGAGGAUUGCGAUGAGUUGGAGUCCCUCUGGGAACAUCAAGAUCUAAUAGAACAGCUCAAAAUGGAACUGAGAAGAGUGAGGGCCAUCGGUCUGCCGACCAUCCCAGAGGCAUCAGAAACGCCCAGAGCGAUCAAUGAUCUGAAACUACGGAAGAUGGAUGAGAAGUUUCUGCAUGAGGACCCCAUGGAUGAGCUACACAAGUUCUACAAGUGUUAUAGAGAGAGGAUGAGGAAGUUUGACAUCUUAAACUAUCAAAAAAUGUAUGCCAUAGGUUUACUCCAGCUGAAGGACCCCCUUCUGUCAAUGGGAUCACAAAAGUCCCUACUUCCCAAGAUCACAUCCAUUCUUUCUCAAAGUUUCUGGGCCUGUAGUCGUCAAUCUGGUAUCAGUCCAUCGGAGAAGUUCAUCAAGGAGCUACAACAUGACUUGGAAGUGGUUUAUGUUGGGCAAACAUGCCUUUCAUGGGAGUUUUUGCGUUGGCAAUACGAGAAAGCGCGGCAGCUACCAGAAUGUGAUCCGUAUCGGAGCCAUCAGUACAACCGAGUGGCUGUAGAAUUCCAACAGUUUCAGGUGAUGAUGCAAAGGUUUAUAGAGGAUGAGGCUUUUCAAGGGCUGAGAUUACCCAAUUAUGUUAAACAUAGAUGUGCUGUUGAGAAUCUUCUCCUAGUGCCAGUCAUAAGAGAGGAUAGCUCCAAGGAGAAGAUGGAGGAUCAAGGCAAUGGUAAUUAUAUUGUUACUAGUGAAAUACUAGAAGACAUCAUGGAGGAGUCCAUUAGGAUCUUUUGGGAAUUCGUCAAGGCAGACAAGGAUGAAACUCCAGGGAUUCUGAAGGGUUUGAUGGGAACUCAUGUUGAACUGCAGGAUGCAGCAGAUUCUGAGCUCAUGACAGACAUCCACUCCAAUUUGCACAAGAAAGAAAAGAAACUAAAAGACAUUUUACGAACCGGUAAUUGCCUUGUCAAGAAGUUCAAAAAGCCUAAAGAAGACAGAUCUAAUCAGGAUAUCUUCUUCUCUCAAGUAGACCUCAAGCUGGUAGCAAGAGUACUCAGAAUGUCAACAAUUUCAACUGAUCAGCUCGUGUGGUGUCAUGCAAAAUUGAGCAGUAUAACAUUCACAGAGAGAAAAGUUCAGAGAGAGUCUUCUUUUUUGCUCUUCCCAUGCUGGUAGUAGACAUUUUUCCUACAAUCAGUGCAUGUAUAAUUGUCUUUCCUCAGCAGAGUCUCGAACAGUCUCAGAUACCUGUGUCAAAGAAGAAGAAGUUGAUGUAAGUUUUGUCAUCAUAAUAUAGAGAUGAAUGAUUGCUCUGUC